GUUGCCUUUAUAAACUCUGCAACAUCACAGAGGGAGUUACAGCAGUUUUGUUGUCUGACAGCAGUAGACUAACGAAGCACAGUUUAGUGAAAAGCGACUGACAUUUAUUUUCACAUUUAUGCAUCGUUUAUUAUUUAUGCAGAUUAAACAUUUUUGUAGAAACGUUUGAAAAUUCGUUUUUUGACAACAUUGCUUUUUUUUCAAUUUAAUAUUUAACAAUGUUUUGGUCGGUCAUCUGCGCAACUUUUCUCCUUGCUCCUUUAGUUUGCGAGGCAAGAACCAAGCGAUAUGUCAUCGGCUGUCCAGAUAAAUGUGACAAAUCUCUAUGUCCCCCGAUCCCUGCGGACUGCAUGGCCGGCGACAUACUUGACCAAUGCGACUGUUGUCCGGUCUGUGCGUCCGAAGAGGGUGAGGCAUGCGGCGGCACAGGGAGAUUAGGGGACCCGGAGUGCGGAGAGGGCAUGGAAUGCUCGAUAACGGACGGAAUUGGGGUGUCCGCCACAGUGAGGCGUCGGGGAAAAAGCGGUGUGUGCGUCUGCAAAGGUUCGGACCCGGUGUGCGGCAGCGACGGGGUGUCCUACCAAAACAUCUGCGAACUGAAGAGAGUGAAUAAUCGGGCUCUGAAGCUGCAGCAGCCACCAGUCAUCUUCAUACAGAGAGGAACCUGUGGCAAAGGCCAGGAGAAUCCAGACAGUCUCCGCCACAGAUACAACUUUAUUGCUGACGUGGUUGAGAAGAUUGCUCCUGCUGUGGUUCAUAUUGAACUCUACCGCAAGAUGGUAUUCUCUAAGCGGGAGGUGGCGGUGGCCAGUGGUUCUGGCUUCGUGGUAUCAGAGGACGGCCUGAUCGUGACCAACGCCCACGUGGUGGCCAAUAAGCACCGGGUGAAGGUGGAGCUGAAGAGUGGCGCUACCUUCGACGCCAAGAUCAAAGACGUGGACGAGAAGGCCGACAUCGCCCUCAUCAAGAUCGACGUCCCGAUGAAGCUGCCAGUGCUGCUGCUGGGUCGUUCAGCUGACCUGAGGCCUGGUGAGUUUGUGGUGGCCAUUGGCAGCCCCUUCUCCCUGCAGAACACGGUCACCACAGGUAUCGUCAGCACCACCCAGAGAGGAGGCAAGGAGCUGGGCCUGAGGAACUCUGACAUGGAAUACAUCCAGACGGACGCUAUCAUCAACUAUGGGAACUCUGGCGGACCCCUCGUCAAUCUGGACGGAGAGGUGAUUGGGAUCAACACACUGAAGGUGACAGCAGGAAUCUCCUUCGCCAUCCCAUCAGACAAGAUCCGUCAGUUCCUGGCAGAGUCCCAUGACAGGCAAUCUAAAGGUACAGAUUACCAAUCCAAAGGGAAAUUAUCAACAAGUAAGAAAUAUAUCGGUGUGAGGAUGAUGACUCUCACACCAAUGCUUGCAAAGGAGCUGAAGGAGAGACAAUCAGACUUCCCUGAUGUUACCUCAGGGGCAUAUGUCAUCGAGGUCAUCCCAAAAACACCAGCUGAGACAGGUGGCCUGCAGGAGAGUGAUGUCAUAAUCACCAUCAACAGCCAGCGAAUCACCUCGGCCAGUGACGUCAGCAGCUCCAUCAAGAGGGAAGACACACUGCGGAUGGUGGUCCGGCGGGGGAACGAGGACAUCAUGCUCACCGUCGUCCCAGAGGAGAUUGACCCUUGACUUCUCAGCAACCACGAGCUGGUUCUCAGUGUUGAAAAUCACGGACCUUAAACCGGGUGUGUCUGGAGCCACACCCUACCUUAGAACCUGUAACUACUAGUGUCUCCCCCCCUCCACUCCCCUCAAACUACAGAGGUCUGUGAGGCCCACACCUACCCCUCUGGGAGCUCAAAUGUGUCCAGGCUAAUAAAGACAUAUUUUAGCACC